AUGCCGUUAUCGUCACCACUGAUCCUCUCCUGCCUCUUCUCCUUCUUCCUCAUCCUCCUCCUCUCUUUCCUAUGGAUCAUCUACAAACCUCCCCUCUGGCUAAUCACCCACCUCCAACACCGCUGGCCAGAUGUCCUAUUCCACGUCCCACCAAAACCAAACAAAAACCAAACACAAAAACAAAUACUCAUAGCCCUAACCAUCGACGACGGUCCAUCAGAAAACACUCCUGAAAUCCAAGCUCUUCUGAACACCCACGGCGCCAAAGCCACCUUCUUCCUGAUCGGAUGCCACAUCCCAGCCCACAAAGAAACGCUGCGCCAACUAGUCGUCAAUGGCCACGAACUAGCCAACCAUGCCAUGCACGACGAACCAUCAUAUUCUCUGUCCUUGGCCGAACUGACUCGACAGAUUCAGAGUGUGGAGAGGCAACUGGAACAAGUUUACCAAGCUACUGCAGUUACUACUGCAGUCACUACUUCUACUGCUUCUACUGCUUCUUCUUCUGUCCAACCAAACCACCCUUCUUCAAUCCAGAUAAGAACAACACCAACACCAACAAGACCUUACCAACACUCCAAACCGCCAAAAUAUUUCCGCCCAGGAAGUGGCUUCUUCAACACCUCGAUGCGAAAACUCACAGCAGACCUCCACAACCGCAUUGUCCUCGGCAGCAUCUACCCGCACGAUGCACAGAUUUCGUCCUGGCGACUCAAUGCCUGGCAUAUCCUGAGCAUGGCGCGGGCCGGCGGGAUCAUCGUCUGUCACGAUAGACCGUGGACGGCGCCGAUGUUGCGGGCGGUGCUGCCGGAGUUGAAGAGGAGAGGGUAUCGCGUGGUCACGGUGACUGAAUUGCUGAAUGGGUAUCUAGAUACCUAG